AUGGCCCUGCCUAUGAAGAAUGCGAUGAAGGUGAUGAAGUCCAGUGCUAUGAAGGCCAAGACUAGCAUGAAGGCUAAGGCAAUGAAGGUCAUGAAGAAGAAGGCCGUGUCCAAGAUCGCAACGGGCAAGCGCGCGAAGUCCGUCGUCUUCCGUGGAAGCAAGGAGAAGACCACCGGGGAAGAGCCCGCUUUCGUGGUCAUUCAUGGAGCGGGCGGUCCCCGACAGUGCCACAAGAGCCAGAUGUUGUACAGCCGCUUUUAUGGGGCUACCCUCGUGCACAUGGACGGCUUUAAAUCGGAGGCGAGCAGGUGGGCUCCCCUUCAUUCACGCGCCGGAGCGCCUCUGCUGGUGAGCCAAUCACGCUUGCCUGCAGAGUUCAACCUGCUGAGCCAGUUUGAGAAGCACAUGCAGGAGCUGCAGCGAGCGCGUAUCACCUCGGGCUGGACGUACAAGCCAGUCCCAAUUCUGCACCCGCACAUUCUGAAGUGGGAGUGGAUGCACCCUCUGUACACGAACAAAGGCUUGCCUCUGCGUUGCGAGGGCCUCUUCGAGAAGAAGAAUCCUGUGGGGUUGGUUGGCUACGUGCAGCCCCUCGUCCAGGACACGGUUACCCAAGUGGCCUGCGUCGCCGUUGCCGCAAGCGUCCGAGGAGGGCCCGGUCCCACCAGAUCAUACCCGGAAGGAGUGACCUGCCUCUCACCAGCCCACUUGGGCUUCAUCCUUGCCUCGGCCAAGUUGGACUGCAGCAAGUUCGGACUGCGAAGGUUCGGGUUCACGAUGAACGGCACCUUGGCCGUGCUCCAUCGCUGCCUGCAGCUGCCAGAAGGCAGUCUUCAUAGAUCUGUCUGGGAAAAGAUCCACGCCUUGCGGCAGGCUGUGACGAAGAGUCCAUGUCAUGUCACAUACUCCGAGGAGCAAACUUGCGCCUGCGCUUUUAUAUGCAGGAUCGGAGUCAGCCUGGACCAGCAUGUUGAUAGCUUAAGUUGA